GAAGAAGAGGCAACGGUCGAAGGGACACUAACAAAACACACAUAAAACGGAGCGCCAACAGUUGUUUGCAUUCAUUCAAUCGGCAACUUUCCAAGCGAUCGCAUCUAAGCAAAAAGUGAUAAAGAAAGAAAAGAAAAGAAGGAUUUCCAGUGGCGAGAUCAAUCUACAAAAUAUCAAAGCGAAUCAAUUUACUCUGCGUUUAAGCAACGAAAAGAAAGCCAAGGAUGACGGACACCAGCAGCCGCUUGAAGAUCCUUUUCCAGGGCGAGACGAACCUCAUCACUUGCGGAUCUUCCAACACCUACGAAGAGGUCAUCUCCCAAGCCAUGUCCCAAUUCGACAUUCCGGAGGCUCAACGGAGUGCCCUGAUCCUGACCAACGGCAAGGACUACGUGUUCGAGGAGCACUUGCUGGAGUACUUCCUGCUCCUGUUUCCCUGCCCCGAGAUCACCUUCCACCUGAGGUUCGACUGGUCGAAGAUGCGCAGAAGUCUCAGCAAGACCGUGUGCCUCAAGCGAAGGCGUCCAGUGGAACAGGAUCAAGCAGAUAGCCAGAUAGUUGAGGAGCAGGAGAAGGAAGAGCCGGUGCCGGACUACAAACCGGUGCCCGUCUACCGGAUGAACUGCUUCCUGGGUUCGCUGCCCAGCGGAGGAGGUGCCACCGUGCAUCGCCAGAAUUGCUUCCUCAGGGAACAGUCGCAGCAGCUCGAUGAGAUACCCCUACCACGACCGAUCGAGGAGGAUUCCCAGCAGCAGGAGCCGCAAAAGAAGCGCCUCCGCUUGGACGUCUGCUCCAAGCCAAGACGCACUGCGGUUGCAUCGGUGGUUCCCUCCCCACUUCCUGUCAAGCGCUCGAUUCGCAUUUAAAUCGCUGUUACCAUUUGUACAUAGCUAUAGUACGUAUACGAUAUUCCAUAUAAACUUAGUCAUUAGCUAAAAGGUUGAACCACUGUCACUAAGACUAACACUACUCCUAUCUCAC